AUGUGUUAUCGACAUGGAGGAAGUGCUCUUGUCUCACAUCUCUCAUUUGCUGACGAUAUGAUCAUCUUUGCCAACGGUCAGAAACAGUCUAUCAGGAGGAUCUUAGACUACUUGGAGCACUAUGAAGGAGUUUCUGGCCAAUUGAUUAGACGACUAGAGAUUUUGACUGGCUUCAGACAUCAGCAGCAGCCUUUCACUUACUUGGGUGUCCCCUUAUUCAAGGGGACUAAGAGGAGCUUCCUUUAUGAUGACCUUAUCCAGAAGAUAAGGAAUAGGAUAUCAGGUUGGGCCUCACGAUUACUAUUGCCUGGGGGUCGUAUUACAUUACUGAGGUCAGUACUUUCUUCCAUACCUUUACAUCUUCUUCAGAUUAUGCAGCCGCCCAAGAGGUCACUUUGGGCUCAGUUUUUACUGGGCAAGUAUUGUAAGGGGACGCAUCCUUUACUUGCAGCAGUUCCCAGUUCAGCUUCCCCUACCUGGAAGAGGCUGAAAUCAGUUGGCCUACGGACGGAUCCACACAUUGCUUGGCACCUUGGAACCGGUCAGAUUUUCUUCUGGCAUGAUUGUUGGAUGGGCGAGUCCACGUUGGCAUCCCUAUUCUCCCACAGACAGCACACAUCUGCGAGGGUACAGGAUUUUUUUGACGAUACUGGGUGGGAUUUUGGACGGUUAUUACAGGCCCUUCCUUCUCACAUGGCAGAAUAG